GUUCAACUUCAAACAAUUCAAAGCAGUCAGGAUACUCUCAGGGUUUUAUUUUUGUUCACUUUUUUAAAAUUUUAAAUAAUUUUAAGGAGAAAUUGGCAGCUGCUAAAGAAUUGUAUGAGAAAUAUGGCAAAGAAUUGACAGAAGAGAGGCAUUAUCGAAAAGAAUUGGAAAUUAAAUUUGCUGCUUUAAAUGAAGAAACUGAAGGGAAAAUUCAGCAAUGUAUUACCAACACAGAAGACUUUGAACAACGCAUUGUCCUUCUCAGUAAGAAACAAGAAGCUGAUUUGUCUGUUUUGGAAUCACAAUUAGAAUUGGCUAGGAAUCGUCAAAAAGAACUUCAAGAACAAUUGGUUUUGUUAAAUGAAAGGUAUGAAAAACUUUUACAUUUAAAAUCUCAAUGUGCUGAAGAAAUGCGUGAACAACAAAUUGAACUGCCUCAAACAGUUGAAGAACUUCAAUUUUUGGCAUUGCAGUUGAGAGAGGAAUUGAUAACUGAACGUGCUGCGCGUGAGCAUGAAAGGAGGGAAUUAAAUGAUGAAUUGGCUAUGGCACGUCAACAACUUGUUGAAUUGGAAAUUUGUCCAAGAGAAAAUGAAGAAUGA